AUGAGUCUACAGGAACUGAAGAGGAGGAGAAGAGAAUUAGACGACCUUAUACAAGAACAAACGAGUCAAUCCGACUCGGACUCACAAGAGGACGAUGAGGACUCGGAUUCGUCAUCUUCACUUGAAGACCCUGUCGAAGCUCAUAAGAAAGAUACACCAGAGGAGGAGGAUAAGAUGGAUGAUGCAACACCGAAAGUGUCUCUAGAUCCACCUAAACAGGAUAAUAAUACGGUCAAGGAGAAGCCGUUAAAAAAAGAACUAAAAUUAGCACUAGGCGAUGAUCCAAAUGAAUCAAAAGCUCUGAGAAGCUCUAUUCAUUCUGACGUAUUGAGAAGCCUAAAAUUUUACGCAACAAAAGGACUCCCUGAAACUGAGUGUAGCGAGCUAACCUACAAAUAUGAAAUCCCUGAUGCAUUCAAAACUCCAAAGCUUAAUCCUCAAAUCAAAGCCAGGAUGAAUGAAAAGGUGAUAAAAAAAGAUACAUAUAGAGCUGACGCGCAAGACUUGACAGCUGAGGCAUUAACUGCAUUAAGCGCAGCAAUAACCAUGGUAAACGACGCAGAUGAAGAUGGACUAGAUCAAAAUACAUUCCUUGAAAGAUUAAUGGAUGCUGCAAAGUUGCUUGCACAAGCACAGUACAAGCAAUCACAGUCCCGACGUGCUUGUAUCAUACCAAUUAUCGAGUCCAAGAGCAUCAGGGAGAUUCUAAAGAAAUCCAACAUUGAUUCUUACCUGUUUGGAUUAGAUCUUGAUAAAGAAGUUAAGGCCAUGAAGGAGUCUGACGCCUUAUUCGAUCACAAAAAAUCGUCAACCAAGAACCAGGGAAACUUCAGGCGGCAGACAACGGCUAUUUUUCAGAGGGUCAGGCACACGCUUCCAGAGACGAGCUUACCAAAACCAAGGCCGGGGCAGAACACCAAGGAAAUAAUCCAAAUAAAUGAUGUAGGUAUUAAUAUUGGUGGUCGCUUGGCCUCUUUUUAUGAUAGUUGGAAUAAAAUUUCCAAUAGCUCUUUUAUUAAUCAGUGUGUGAAAGGAUACAAAAUUCCUUUUAAGAAGGAGCCUCAUCAGACAGGCUUUAAAAAUAGAUUAAUAAAAGAUGAAACAGAAAAGCAACACAUAAGAAGGGCUAUUCAAAAAUUAGUGGAAAAAGGAGCUGUAGUGAAAACUCAUAAAGAGAAAGCCCUUUUUCUCUCCAAUUACUUUGUGGUACCAAAGCCAGAUGGUACGUUUAGGUUUAUACUAAACCUAAAAAAUUUAAAUAAGUUCAUCAAAACCCAGCACUUCAAACUAGAAGAUUUAAAGACAGCAGUCAGUUUAAUUGGACCAAAUGAUCAUAUGCUGUCAAUAGACAUGAAGGACGCAUACCUGACUGUGCCAAUUUGUGAGUCUGAUCAGAAGUAUCUGUGUUUUAACUUUGAUAAACAGUUUUACAAGUUCUCAUCCCUUCCUUUUGGACUUUCUACUAGUCCAUAUGUAUUUACAAAAAUUAUGAAACCAAUUAUGCAGAGGUUAAGGAGUAUGGGUUAUCUCUCAGUUAUAUAUCUGGAUGAUAUACUUUGCAUUGGCAAGACAUAUGACGAAUGUGCCAAGAACGCAAGUGAAACCAUUAAAUUACUGGAGAGUCUAGGUUUUGUCAUCAACAAUAAGAAAACAGGCUGUAUUCCAAGUACCAGAUCUGCCUGUGUUGCUGUACAAUAUGGAUGGUUAUACACUAGGGUGCUCGAAAGAAAGAAAAUUCAGGCCCUUAGAAGCUCGGCAGGAUCGUACAAGGGUCACAUAAUAAUUUGCAAUAAAAUCAAGAUGGAAUUUCGGUGGUGGAAAGAUAACCUCAUGACAGCUAAGAAAAUCUUCAGAUAUAGACCAACAGUUAAAGUUAUAUUUACAGAUGCAUCAGAUGUAGGCUGGGGAGCCACGGAUGGAAAAAAUAAAAUAUGUGGCAUCUGGAAUAGUGUUCAAUCAACAUACCACAUAAAUUAUAAAGAGUUGCUUACUGUACUAUAUGCUAUUGAAAGUUUUACAGAGCAACUCAGAUCCUCGCGAAUAAUCCUAAGAGUUGAUAACUCAACAGCAAUCGCUUACAUAAAUAGAAUGGGAGGAGUAAGGUUUAAAAAAUUCAAUGACUUAGCAAGGAGAAUAUGGCAACAUGCAGAAAAACGUGAUAAUUGGCUUACAGCCUCCUUUAUACCAUCUAAAGAAAAUACAGAAGCAGACAGCCUGUCUAGAUUGUCUAACUUGGAUGCUGAAUGGGAAAUCUCAGACAGAGCUUUUUCUAAAAUUAGUCAAACAUUUGGGAAACCCGAGAUCGACCUUUUUGCCACAGCCUCGAAUAAAAAGUGCCUCAAAUACGUCUCAAGGUUCCCUGAUAAAAAAGCAACACAAAUAGAUGCUUUUUCAUUUUCAUGGAAAAACUUAUUUUUUUAUGCCUUCCCACCAUUUGUAUUGAUAACACGUACCCUUGCAAAGAUCAGUCAAGAAAAAGCUCGUGGCAUUGUAUUAGUGCCAGUCUGGAGGAACCAGACAUGGUUUCCUCUCUUAACACAGAUGACUGAAGGAGAACCUAUAAUCUUCCCACCAAAUAAAAAUUUAUUAUUUUCUGUCUGCAGGAAAAAACAUCAUCCCAGGUACAGGACUCUCUACAUGAUGGCAACAAUAGUAUCAGGAAGGCCUUUGAAAAUGAAAAAUUAUCACAAGACUCCCUAG